AUGGAACUACGAUGGCUGAUUCUCUCCUUCUUCUUCUUCACGACGUCUUUUGCCAACAACAACGGCACGAGUACCAACAACAGUACAGGAGAGACAGAAUUGUUCGGAGAAAACCCAUACUGGGACGAAGUUGAUAGACCAUGCGUCGAAGAGUGGAUGCCAAUGUGCUACGAGCCAGUGGAAGGAUACCUCUCUGUCCCAAUACUUUGUAUAUGCGGCCAGGACAGUUCCGAAAAUGACUUUCUCAUUGCUUUUGCACAGUGCCUAGGUGAAGAUGGGUUGACGCAGGGCGAAAUCAAUGACGCUUUUGUGGCAUUGACAUGGGACUGCUCAGAAGAGAGGUUAUCAGUCAACAUGACUAAAAACGAGUUUAUACGAAUCGCACAGGGGGGUGAAGUAUAUCCUACAGCCUCGUCGGGUUUAUCAACUGGCUCCAUCGCUGGUAUCGCAGUUGGUGCUAUCGCGGGAGGAGUAACAGUCGCCGGAUUUUUUGUAUUGCUAUGGUUCCAACAUCGCAAGAAGAACGGGAGCAAACUCGAGUCCAACCCACCUAAUUCGCCAAAACCUGAGAAUGCAUGGGGGCCAGAGUUCAAACCUGAGUGGACUGCCAACGCACCGGUCGAGUUACCACCAAACAAUUAUGCAGCAGCUGAGUUACCGCCAGAGCCUACACCUAUAUACGAGAUGGAUGCGAUGUCGUCGAAACCUGUGGAGAUGCAAGGAUCAAUACCAGAACAUAUAAAGGACGGAGAAAAGAAGGUAGAUAAAGAUGAUUGA